AUGGAAGCAGCUCGUCCACCUGCGGGUUACGAUCGCAUCCGAUCAUGGCUUGCCGUUCUCGGUGCAUCCCUUUCGGUCUUCUGCACCGUCGGUUUCCUCAACGCCUUUGGCGUGUUCCAGGAGUAUUACCAGAAUCGCUUUACAAGGUCCGAAUCCGACGUCGCGUGGAUUGGUUCUGUGUCCAUCUGCCUAUCCUUCCUGGGUGCGCCGAUAUCAGGCAUCAUAUGCGAUAGACUGGGUGCUACGAUUCCCCUCUGUAUUGGCAGUGUUGGCCUGCUCCUUGCUGUCUUCAUGACCUCUCUCUGUAAUCAGUAUUACCAGACCUUCUUAUCUCAGGGUAUUCUCUUCGGCAUCAGCUCGGCCUUUGUCUUUUGCCCUCCUAUUGCCGUCGUUUCCCGCCGCGUGCCUCACCGCAGAGGCCUGGCUCUGGGCUUGACCAUCGGUGGCUCCUCCAUCGGUGGCAUCAUCUGGCCCAUUAUGCUCGAGCAGCUCCUCAACUUCCGAAAAGUGAGCUUCGCCUGGACGAUGCGCGCCGUCGGCUUUACCAUGAUGCCCCUGCUGAUCGUGACGUGCCUCACGGUGGUCGACGCACCGGCUCCCAAGCCUUCGCUGGCCCCUCCAGAAUCAACGUCCGACGGCAACGAGAAGGGCACCGGAUCCUCAACGAACGAAGAUGAACACCCUGAGCGAAAUUCCAGCCUUUCCAUCCUCAAGAACAAGACGUUUAUUCUCUUGUGCGGUGGGCUUGCCCUUGGCUUCUUUGGCCUUUUCACACCCUUGUUCUUCGUGUCUGCGUUCGGUAUAUCCAAGGGGAUUCCGUCGUCGACGGCUUUCUACCUCUUAUCUGGACUCAAUGGGGCGUCCCUCUUUGGUAGAGUCAUACCUGGGGUCGUUGCGGACCGAUACGGGCAUUUCAACGUUCUCGCGCUGGCAGCAUUUUCAGCCGGCCUCGUUGGUUUCUGUUGGACGGCAGUUUCCUCCCUGGCUGGGUUGGCCGUUUGGAGUCUGGCGUACGGGUUCUGCUCCGGAGCCGUCAUCAGUUUGCAGAACGCAUGCGUAGGAAAGAUUGCCCACCAAGGCAACCAGGGAUCGGCCAUCGGCUUCGCCAUGGGAUCCAUCGCAGUGACAGGACUCGUCGGACCUCCGAUCAGUGGCCAAAUUGUCGCCCAUUCGGGAUAUCUUGCGUUGUCCAUGUGGACCGGGGCUACUCUCGUCGUUGGUGCCGCCACAGUUGCGGCUGCGAGGUGGCGGCUCAGCCCCCAGCUUCUUGCGGCGGUUUAA